GCCCGAACCGCCGCCGCCGCCACUGCUGCUGCCGCCGCCGCCGCCUGAGAGAAGCAUGUCUGCAACUCGAGCUAAGAAAGUGAAGAUGGCCACCAAAUCAUGCCCCGAGUGUGACCAACAGGUUCCUGUUGCAUGUAAAUCAUGUCCCUGUGGUUACAUAUUUAUUAGCAGAAAACUUUUAAAUGCAAAACACCCAGAAAAAUCACCAUCUUCUACAGAAAACAAGCAUGAGGCCAAGAGGAGGCGAACAGAGAGAGUUAGGCGAGCGAAGAUCAAUUCUACAGUAAAUAAAGAUUUAGAAAACAGAAAGAGGUCUCGAAGUAACAGCCAUUCAGAUCAUAUCAGACGAGGAAGAGGAAGACCUAAAAGUGCAUCUGCCAAAAAACAUGAGGAAGAAAGAGAGAAACAGGAAAAGGAAAUUGACAUCUAUGCUAACCUCUCUGAUGAAAAGGCUUUCGUGUUUUCAGUCGCCUUGGCAGAAAUAAAUAGAAAAAUUAUUAAUCAAAGACUUAUUCUCUGAUAUUUGUCUGCAAAAUGUGUUGAAACUUUCUUCAGGAUUACAUCAGCAAAUUCUUAAAACAGUUGCGGACUCUCAGGAGCAUUCUGAUUGCAUCAAUAAGGGCCCUUGAUUGUUUUUUUCCUUAUCAUUUAGCCUGUGCCACACUUUGGGAGUGAAGCUAUAGGCUUGGACUGUUUUGGGAUUUCCUUGUUUACCAAGGAGUAUUGUCAGUGUUUGUGUUUGGGAUAUAUUGUAUUUACUCCAAAAAGAAAAAAAAAAAAAAAAAGGAAACAAACUGGUUGGCUGUUAAAGAAUUAAAGGAUAGGGUUGGGAGUGGAAGUAUGAAAACCAGAGAAAUAAAAUGAUAGUUUUCAGGUUUGCCGCCAGAGAUGCAAUAUUUUAAAUACUUUGAGAAAGAGUGACUUUUAAAAAUAUAUAUUUCAGAUUUGAGCACUAACAUUGCAUAUUUACAGUUCAUUUAAUAAAUUGGCAAUUGAUAUUUUAUUGAAUGGGGAAUUAAUAUAAACUAAGUUUUGUCUUAAAUUGAUUUUUUUUUGCCUUUUAUUUUUAUGACUUAAGGUAUGGGUUAUAUUUAGAAGCUACUUUCUAGACAGUUUGGAAGUUUGGGUGCUAUAUGAAGAAAAACAUUUAAGGAUAUAUCAUACUUCAGAUAUAAACACUUUGUUUUCUUGAAUGUAAUUUAUUUAUUGGUUAAAAAAAACUUUUUUGCUCUCAAGAUGGUGCCUGUUAACCUAAACAUAGAAUAUAUUUAUUACAUGCAAAAUAUUUCUUAGAUAGCCACUUUUAAGCAGUAAUGUUCUUUCUGAAUGGAUGUUCAUUUAUACAUCCUGAAAAUUAUUUAAGUUGUUACUUAACCUCACUCUGGAGGAAAAAGAAAAUAAACCUUAAUAUUGAAAC